CAAUAAAAAGGCGUUGGCGUACUUAACCAUGGAUAUUUGUAUAAAACCAAGUGGAAUCUCCAACAGCUAACCAAUACAACCAUGACCAGCAAAAAAGCACUUGUUUUACUUGCCGAUGGCACAGAAGAAAUGGAGUUUGUGAUUCCCGUGGACGUUUUACGCCGAGCCGAGAUCACUGUCACGACCGCUGGCGUGGGUCUAAAGAACGGUACUUAUGCAGAGUGUAGCCGUGGCGUUAAGAUACUACCAGACGUGGAGGCCGAACACAUUGGUAUCAGCUGGAAUCAGGAUGACUUUGAUGCCAUCAUCAUCCCAGGAGGUGCCGGCGGUGCAAAGGUACUCUCGGAAAGUGUACUCGUACAGAAACUUGUCUCAUCGUUUUACGAAAAUCAAAAGAUUGUCGCCUUCAUCUGUGCUGGCACCCUUGUUGCUAAAUCUGCAGGUGUACCAGAAGGCCAUAAAGUAACGUCACAUCCUAGUGUAAAGGAUCAGCUCGAAGAUGUAUACAAAUACUCGGAAGACAGAGUUGUGGUGGAUCAAAAUGUCAUUACAAGCCGUGGACCUGGCACAGCGUUUUUAUUUGCUUUGACUAUUGUGGAGCAGUUGGUUGGAAAGCAGGUCGUCGAUAAGAUUAGCCCUCCCAUGAUAUUAUCCAAUGCGCUUUAAAAACAUGGACCAUACGUUUGAUUUGAUAACACCAAUAUUCUAUAUAAUGAGACUCAAUUUACUUGACGGAAAUACCAACUAUUCGUUUUUCUCAGCUCGAGUAUAAUAAAUGCAUAUGGAUAAUACGGAAGUCAUUGUUCACACGAGUAAUAUUUAUAAGAGAUUGGUAGAUAUACGAAGAAUACAGCGCAGUGCCUUGCAAUAAAGAGAAAAAU